AACAAUUAAAUGACGCUUAUUUAUUUGUUUUAUCAGUAUCCCACUUACCAAGAAAUUCCAAUGCAAAUAUUCGACUAAAUUACAGAUGAAAACCGCUCCCAUUUGUUCGGUAUAAGAAGCCAUGUGCUGCCAAAUUGAACGGCAGUUAACAAUGUCAACAGUAGUCUAUCUGGUGUUGCUCCUAGCUUUGAGAGGAGGAUAUGGAUAUGCCAACAACAGUAAUAAUAGACUGCUGGCUGUGCUGAAUGCAUCAUCUUCUACGGUAGAUGUGAUACUGCAAAUCAAUGUGGAAGGCAAAAGGACUCCAGAGACCACAGAGAUUACGCCGCCACUUAGCUUGAAGGACAUUAUUCGCGCUGAAAUCAAUGGGGAUUGGGAGCGCGGACGUUUUGUCUUACAACUAGCCAGUCAGACGCGCACGUUGCAACUAAAGCAAGCCGUUUAUGAAGCCCUGUGGCAAGAGCUGCAACAGAUGAGGCAAAUCUAUGAUCCUCUCAAGGUACUGGAUCUGUAUAGCCAGCUUACACAACAGCCGCAGAUGCCUUCAGCGUUACUGGUGCAGGUCUACCAGGAGUUUGUUGGGCGCAGCGCUCAUUUGCUGGCGGCUCCCUUUCACACGGAUAGCCGCAGCGCGAGUUUUCCAAAAGUCGACUCCUUGCUUCAGCGACUUACCCUAAGCACCCUGGACUACUUACGCGAUAUAUUGGAAGCAGUUUUUAAUCUAGUAUUGGCGCUUGAGUCAUCUCUCAGUGUAGUGCAACGUCUAGGUAACUUUAGUGGCAGCGUCACGCAAUUGACGUUAGCCAAUCUUCAGCUGCUGCAGCGCACCGAGUUGAAAUCAAAUGUGGAUGCACAAGCAGCAGUGCAUGAUAAUCUUCGUCAGUUGCUGGAGAUGCCUACUUUUGAACAUUAUAUAUAUAUAUAUAUAUUACAUACACUCAACAGGCAUAACAUAAACAUGAAUAACGUAUUUCUAGGCAAAUUUACAAACUAACUAACUUUACGCUUAUGAUCAAACUAAUUUAUUAUUGUGAUUAUUGUCACUAAUCGAAAGGCACAAGAAUUUUUAAGCUAACGCUA